AGGGACUUGACGCAGAUUUCUUCUCUGCCGGCAUCGAUGCUUUGGUAUAUCGUUGGAAUAAAUGUUUGGAUGAGCAUGGUGACUAUGUUGAAAAAUAAAAUGUACUAGUGCCAUAGUAAUCUGUAUCACUAUAUCUGCCUGUGAAAUAAAAUUUGUAUAGGAGAGCUCUUGAAUCACCCUCGUAUUUCACUCAGUAGCAUAUUAACGAUUAGAUAUGGUUUGAAGAGAUUAAGGAAAUGCAGCUAUGGUUACGAAUUGCCAGCAAAUAUCAUUGGAAAAAUAGGCACUAUAAAAUCAUACCAAAAUUUAGAGUCUGAAGCAGAACCAUUUUCUGAACACAAUGAAGAAAUUGAAGAAGUAAUGGAAUUUAGUGACGGACUUUGUGAAUAAAAUUAAAAAUAGAUUAAUUAAAGAUUGAUUGAAAAAAAAAUGUUUAAUCGUUCUAAAAAACCUGAAGAGGAAGAAUGGAAAUCGAGUAAACGGCGUAGAGAAAAAAGAAAACUUUCUCCUAAAGCCAGGCUGGCCAAAUUCAAGUUGAGACGUCAUAAAGCUAACGCCCGGGAAAGAAACCGAAUGCAUGGAUUAAAUGCAGCUCUAGAUGCUCUACGCUCUCGUCUACCAGUUCGAUUUCGAUCUCAGAAGCUUUCAAAGAUAGAGACCCUUAGAUUAGCCAGAAAUUACAUUGCAGUCUUAACUGAAAUCCUUCGAACGGGAAAAGAAAUGGAACCUGUGCUGAUGGCUCGUUUAUUGACUGAAGGCUUAUCGCGAACUACGGCCAAUUCGGUAGCUAAUUGUUUGCAAUUAAAUCCUAGAUUAAUAGAGAAUAAUGAUGAUUGUAAUUCGUCCAAUCUUUUUAAUCCUUUAGAAUCAUCUAGAUAUGAUCCUAAUGUCUGCAUUCGAUUCGGUUUCCCGUGCAAUAAAGAAUCUUAUCCGUUACUUGACUUUCUUGAUUCCAGAUGCGAAUAUUCAUCGUUUGAAAGUCAAGCAUCAAUAAAAUCUUUAAUUGCUGAAACUAUUUCAUCAAAUUUUCCGAUGUCUGAUGAUAUAUCUUUCUGUCAUAUUGACUAGUAAUUUUUUUUUUCGAAUAUUUUCUCUUUUUUCUGGUGUUAAUAUUUUAAUAUAUUUUAGUUAAUAAAAACAAAGAGAUGUUUUAAAAAUGUAUGCAAUA